AUGCCGCGCGAGAUGGAGACCCCCGCCAGCAGCCGCCGCGCCGCGGAGGCCCGCGCCGCCGGGGCGCCGCUGCUCAUCGCGCCUGCCCGCGCAGACCGCGCCCCCCAAGGCGCGGCGGCGGGCGGCCGCAGCGCGUGGCGGGCGGGGGUCAGCCCCCUGCGGGUGCACGAGAGGCUAGGCCGCCUCAAGCACGCACGAUUGAGCUUCCCCGACGAGGAGGACCACGCGAGUGGAGCAGCGGCGGGCGGAGACUUCGAGGAUCGGUUGGGGGCGUCGGCGCCGCGGGCCCCUUGGGCCGGAGCCGCGGCCCCGACCGGCGACGACUUGAUCGACCCGCUGCGAGAACGACAGCCAGAGCCAAACGCCCUGGACCGAGAGGCCCUGCGCGCCCUCAUCUCCGAGAAGGACUUUCACAUGGCGCAGCAGCGGGGCCCGGUCGCCAAGCUCACGGAUGAGCUCGACGAGGCGGAAAAGGAGCAUCGGCGCUUGGCGCAGUCGUUCCACGCGUCGGUCGAGCCCCCUUCCAACGAGCCAGAGGCCGGGCUUGCCGUCCCUCUUGCGUCCAUUCUGGACGGUGGCUUCACGAAGGCGGGCAUCCAGCAGCUCGCCGACACUCUCUUCAGCAAGGCGGUUGAGGGGGCGGAGAAGAUCAAGAAGGCCCACCGUGGUCACGUCGCUCGGCCCACCAAGAAACGCAAGGACAGCGCUGCGGCGAAGAGGCUGGCGCGCCAGAGGGCGGAGCUGCCGCUGUUGCGGCCGCUGGCGGAGGCGAAGGGGCCGGGGGGCAGGCAGAGGGCCAGCCUUCUGAGCCGGCAGGGGAAUCCCGCGGCGAACCCG